AUGAUUCUUAUAAUCGUUGUCAUAUGUGUUAUUAUUGCUCUAACAAUUGGAUACUUCAAAUGGAAACACUCGUAUUGGAGCAGACGUGGAAUCGAAGGACCACCACCUUCACUCUUUCUAGGAAACUUUUAUGAUGUGUGCUCUCGUGAUAAUCCACGUCAUCAAGUUAUCUACGAAUGGUCGAAGAAAUAUGGAAAAACGUUUGGCUACUAUGAAGGAGUGAACAAGGUUUUGGUAACAAGUGAUCUGGAAAUUCUCAACGAAAUGUUCAUCAAAAAAUUUUCUGAUUUCUACGCAAGAAAGUUGACCAACAUCAUUCAUGGAAAUAUGGAAUGCCCAAAAGAAGAACCGCAAGUAAACAUUUUUACCGCUCAAGGCAACCGUUGGAAAAGAUUGAGAUCACUUGCGUCACCUGCGUUUUCGGUAAAAGCAAUGAAACAAAUUCACAGUAUUGUCGAAGAUAGUGUUCUAAAUAUGGUUCAACUGAUGUCCAAGCAUUCCGAUGACAGUUCUUUCAACAUUCAUGAAUACUUUCAAGAAUUGACAUUUGAUAUCAUUUCGAGACUUGCAAUAGGACAAACCCACAGUGAAAUGUUCAAUAAUCCAGGAACAGAACUUGCAAUCAAGAUAUUUGGAAAAUCAUUUCGUGUGUUGCCAUGGUACUUGGCGGUAAUGUUCCCACAAUUCCAAUUUAAAAUCAAACAACUUUUCUACAAUCAUAACAAUGUUAGAGGAGGUGAUAUUGGAAGAUUAGUCGCAUUUUGCAAAGAGUCGGUCUUGAAAAGAAUUCAAAAACGAAGAGAAAAUGAGGCAAAUGGCAUUGAAAACGAACAAGAUGAUUUUAUUGAUAUGUUUUUGGAGCAUCAUGUCGACGAAGUUCACGAUCUAGCAUUCGGAACAGCUGUCGAUAGAAAAGCAACAACAGAAGAUGUUAUUGGAUAUUGUAUGAUUUUCUUAUUAGCUGGAUUUGAUACAACUGCAAAUACAAUGGGUUAUGUCUCCUAUCUUCUUGCAAAACAUCCCGACGUUUUGAAAAAAGUUCAACAGGAAGUUGAUGAAGUUUGCGAAAAUGCGAAUAUAUCAUUCGAUGAUAUUAAUAAGCUCAAUUACUUGGAGGCAGUAAUCAAAGAAACAUUGAGACUCUAUCCCGUUGCUUAUUUCGCUUGCUCACGAGAAGCUGUGAAUGAUACCAUCCUCGGAAAGAUAAAAAUCGACAAAGGAACAUUUAUCGAAGCAAAUGUAAUGGCAUUGCAUAGAGAUCCAGAAGUAUGGGGAGAGAAUGCCGAAGAAUUCCACCCAGAACGUUUUUUGGAGAAAUUGGAAAAUCCAAGACAUGUCAUCUCAUGGAUUCCUUUUGGCGCCGGACCUAGACAAUGUAUUGGAAUGAGAUUAGGUUUGACAGAAGCGAAGCUUGGUUUGGCGCACCUACUGAGAAAAUAUGACAUCGUGAAAUCAGUGGACACUGAAGAAGAUUUAGUUUUGCAUGGAUGCACAACUACAUCCCCGGAAAAAGUCACAGUUCAAAUUCGAUUUCGUUAUUAA